CUACAGAGCUAAGCUAUGGCUCCCCACGCUCUUCUCAUUCCUCUUCCUGCACAAGGUCACGUUAAUCCCAUGAUGCAGCUCGCCUGGAAGCUCGUCUCUAAUGAAUUCUUCGUCACUUUCCUCAACUCCGAUAGCAAUCAUAACCGCAUCCUCACAGCCAACACUCCAAAUUCCUUCUUUGAUAACAUCCGAAUGAUAUCCGUUCCCGUUGAAAUCGCGCCUAUUGAUACUCUGAAAGGCAUUGAAAAUGGAAUUGAGGCGUUGGCAAAGGACAUGGGGCCUUCUGUAAUUGAUAGAGUCAUUCAGGAAAUAAACGCCAGGGAAGAAGAAAACAAGGUCACCUGUAUAAUUGCAGAUGUCUGGAUGUGCUUUGGCUUGCAACCAGUAGCCACGCUCCAUAAACUUCCCCUAGCCGCUUUUCACACUUCUCCUGUUUCACUCUUCGCCAUGCGCUACUUUAGUGCCCAUCUGGUCUCGCUUGGCAUCCUUCAUUCUGAUGGAAUUGCAAAGGAAGAAAAAAAAAUGAAAUAUCUUCCCUGCAUGCCGGCGCUGCAUUCUGGAGAUCUUCCGUGGUUGUGGGCAGGCGAAUACAUGUUUCGGAAAGGGAUUCGCAUGGGAGAAGAAAUCAAGGCCAUCAAAUGGGUUCUCUUCAAUUCUUUCUCAGAGAUUGAAGCUCCAGUUGUGGAAACGUUGUCGAAAGAAGUGGGCGUUUAUCCAAUAGGUCCUCUAAUUCCUCUUGAGUUUCUCCAUAGCAGGACAAGCACGAAGGUCCUUCCAAGCUUCUGGAAGAAUGACACAGAUUGCUUACAGUGGUUAGAUAAACAGUGUGCACACUCUGUGAUCUACAUAUCUUUUGGAAGUUUGGCAGGUCUGAGCGAAAAGCAAUUGGAAGAGCUUGCUCUGGGAGUGGAGGCCACACGGAGACCAUUUUUGUGGGUUGUACGCUCCGAUCUAAUGAAAGGAAGCAAAGCUAUUUUUCCUGCUGGUUUCUUGGAGCGCGUGAGAGAUAGAGGUUGCUUAGUUUCGUGGGUGCCACAGUUAGAGGUGUUAACUCAUCCUUCCAUAGCCUGUUUUGUGACUCACUGUGGAUGGAACUCUGUACAGGAAAGCAUCACCAUGGGCGUGCCCAUGCUUUGUUGGCCUCAUUUUUCAGAUCAAUUUCUUAACCGCACGUAUGUUGUGGAAGUGUGGAAAUUGGGUCUGUCAUUCAAUGCGAAUAGCCAAGGAAUUAUAGAGCAGGGGGAAUUUGUGAAAAGUGUGGAGAUUUUGCUGGAAUCGGAACAAGGCCUGAAGAUCAGAGAGGAAGCGAAAAAAUUGAAGAUAAUUGCUAGGGAUGCAGUCAAGGACGGGGGCUCCUCAUCGAAUAACUUUAAUCUAUUUGUCACUGCCAUGAAGCGACAACCGAAUGAAUGACUUGCUCUGUUUUAUUUCUUUCGUUAUCCUGCAGAAAGGGAUCUGUUUUGUUUCAUUGCGUCUCGUGUCCUACUUUCCACAUAAUAGGUUAUGUUAUCCAUGCUGUUACAAAAUGUUCUUUCUUGUUCAGCAACCUGUUGUAAAAUCAAAACAAUGUUGUGUUAAAGGGUAUUUUGCUAAAAAUAGACCUUGACCAUGGUUUCAUUUUGUUAAACUCUUCAUGUAGAUAGUGAAGGGUGUAUUAAUUACUAAUAUAAAU